CUCUUUAGAAGUAAAGACCGAAGUAGGAGUGAGAAAAAUAAUAGUCGUCAAAAACAAAAUGCCCUUUCCCCUCAAAUUAAGGAGCAAAUAGUGAAAAGCAUUUGGUCAAAUACUCGCCAAAAUUACACACUAAUCAUAAAGCUCGCUUCCUUUUUUCUCCCCCCACCGCCGGCAAACGCCCUUGUGUUGCAUGGCUGUGCUACCACGGUAGCGCGGAGGAGCAACCAUCUUACGGCGGUGGUCGUGCGCCGCUGCCACCUCCGGCGGCGUCAGAUUGUGAGAAGGAACGAGGUUUGCGGUUAUUGAUGGCGAAUCAGGUGGGAGCAAUUUCGCCCGAUCAGGAAGGGAUGUGUAAUCUCACGGCGGUUGCGAUCGACAGGGACAAGAACAGCCAGCACGCUGUCCGGUGGGCCGUCGAGAAUUUGGAGCUCAAGGACAAGUUCAUCAUCCUCGUACACGUCGUCAGCACCCAGCGAAAUUUGCAUCACCAGGAUGUAGAGCCCCGUCCACCGACUCAUACUGAAUUGCAACAGUUAUUCCUUCCUUACCGUGGUUUUUGUGCUCGGAAGGGGAUUCGUGCAAAGGAGGUGACCCUCCAUGAUCUCGACAUCGCAAGUGCCUUGUCUGAGUUCAUCAGCGCCAACUCAAUCAAGACCAUUGUUUUAGGUGCAUCACACCGAGGUGCCAUUGCAAGGGCAUUCAGAAAUGCAGAUGUUCCGACUUCUGUAGGGAAAUAUGCACCUGAUUCUUGUACAGUGUUUGCCAUCUCUAAGGGACGAAUGCUCAAAAUUAAAACAGCUAUCGAGCCUAUCCUGGAAACCAAUGCCAAGACAAACAGUGGAUUGGUGAUGUCACCUGAUAACUGUGAUAACUGUGCAGGAUCACCAGUAUUUCUUCGACAGGGUAGCUAUCAGAAUUCGUACUCUGACCAAUCUACCCCUACUGGACUCACCCGCCCAAGACGCUCGCUCGACUACACCUCCAACUCGAGACAGUCGUCCCUCGAAAACUCGAGACGUUCUCUCGAAUAUGGGCGCUCGACGCCGACCAGCAGCAACACACCUUCCCCGACCAACAUAAGCCUCGACUCCACUCCUUUCACAAGCCACAGCAACUCACCCGACCACAAAGCCCCCAAUUUUGCCCUAAUGCAGUCAUCCAAUUUUGUGAAUCUGAGGGGCCGAGCGUUGGAUAGCAUGCCUCACUUCUUGUCCGGGUCGAGUGACCCAUCGGAGGAGCAGAGUUACCAGUCAGACCUUUCAUAUGAGCUCAUGGACCAUUCAAAGCUUUCGGAUGCAUCUGGGAGCUCGACUGCCUCGGCAGCUGAGCUAGAGGAUGAACUGAGGAGGAUGAAAUUGGAGUUGAAACAGAUAUUGGAGUUGUACAAUGUGGCUUGCCAAGAAGCUGAAUCUGCAAAAGAAAAGGUCCGGGAAAUUAUCAAAUGGGAUACUGAGAAGGCAAGCAGGCUAGCCGAGGCCAAGCACGUGCACGAUGCUGCACUAGCCGUGGUGGAGCGGGAGAAGAGCAAGUGCAAAGCUGCUGUUGACAUAGCUCACCGGGCCCAGCACAUAGCUGAGCUCGAGUCUGAGAAGAGAAAGAGGGCUGAGUGCAAGUUCCAGCAUGAGUCCGAGGAGAAGCAGAAGGCAAUGGAUGCCUUGGCCCGCUGUGGGGUGCGGUGCAGGCGCUACUCCAUAGAGGAAAUUGAGGCUGCCACAAACUACUUCUCGCCCUCGGACAAGAUCGGCGAAGGCAGUUAUGGGCCCGUUUACAAAGGCAUGAUCGAUCACACGCCAGUCGCGAUUAAGGUGCUGAGGUCGGAUAUAUCGGAAGGGCACAAACAGUUCCAACAAGAGGUGGAGGUAUUGAGCCGAAUGCGUCACCCGAACAUGGUCAUCCUCUUGGGCGCCUGCCCCGAGUACGGCUGCCUCGUCUACGAGCACAUGGACAACGGAUCCCUCGAAGACCGUCUCCUCCGCACACCCCCCCUCCCUUGGCCCUCCCGAUUCCGCAUCGCAGCUGAGGUGGCAACAGCCCUCAACUUCCUCCACCAAACAAAACCUGAGCCCCUCGUCCACCGCGACCUCAAGCCCGCAAACAUCCUCCUCGACCGAAACCACAUCGCCAAGAUCAGCGACGUCGGGCUGGCCCGCCUCGUCCCCCCUCCCGACCCCUCCACCUCAGCCACACAGUACCGCCACACGGCAGCUGCCGGAACCUUCUGCUACAUCGACCCUGAGUACCAGCAGACGGGCAUGCUGGGGACGAAAUCAGACGUGUACUCGCUCGGUGUGCUGCUGCUGCAGCUGAUCACGGCUCGGCCGCCCAUGGGGCUGACUCACCUGGUGGGGACCGCCAUUGAGGAGGGGAGGUUUGGGGAUGUGCUGGAUCCGGCUGUUGACAAGUGGCCGAUUGAGGAGGCGCUGUGUCUUGCCAGGCUGGCGCUCGGGUGCUGUGAGCUGAGGAGGAGGGAUCGGCCGGAUCUCGACAGGGUGGUGCUGCCCGAGCUGGAGAGGCUGAGAGAUGUGGGGCGCCAGGAAAGGGGGAGUAGCUUCGAAACAGAACCAGAAUUCUAAAGCAAAUAAGGGUCCAAAAGCGGGAGCACCACAAUGACUACGGAGUUGGAUAGUGACAGAAGCACGUAUUAAGCGCCAAAGUUAAAAAAGUCGAUGAGUGGUUUUUUCAAGCUUCUCACUCGGAGACUGCUGAGAUUUUUCUAAACUUCUAAUUGAUUAUAGAAAAUGUAUAAAGCUUUUAGUCCACAAUUUCUAAUCAAUAAUCUCUUACGAUAUCUUUUUUUUUUUUUUUCUGUUUUU